GUGAAAAUUUCUUCAUUCCUCACGCAGCUCUAUCAUAUUCUAUCCAAGCUCAACUACUCCAACUUGGGUAGUGCAAUGUCCGACUCUAAGCGUCCGAAGACCACCGGGGAUGAUAACCAGGGUGAUGCAAGGGUGAAUGCAUAUCUUAACAGAUACCGAAAGGCUAAGGGCGACCGAACUCGUAGAAGUUGGACUGAUCGGGAAGAGGAAAUCCUCGUGACUGCAAUGAGGGACCUGUCAGCAAGUGGCUGGAAGACCGAUAAUGGAUUCCGGUCUGGAUUUACUGGAAGGCUCCAUGAUGCUAUUAAGCAAAGGUUUCCAAACACUGACAUCAAGAUCUGCCCUCAUAUCAAGAUCUGCCCUCAUAUCAAACUUUGAUCACCAAAGUGACAAUAUUUUGUAGAUAUGAAUCGUGUUGAUGGUAAAAUUUUUACAGAAGUAAUCUUAUGAUUUAUUUACUCA